AUGUCUGCCAGCAAAUAUAUCUUAGGUACUGCCGCCAUCGUAGGUGGUGUUUAUUACUAUGACAAGAAUGUCCAACCAAUUUUACCAAGACAACAACGUCAGCAAAUCCGCCACGAAGUGGACAGAGCUGAACAGAAGUCUUCUGAUUUGACCAACAAAUUGAGCAACAAGAUUGAAGAGUCCAAGAAGGAACUUAGCCAAAAGAGCCAGGAAUUCACUGACAAGAUCAAGGACACCACCUUAUACCAAAAGGUCACCGAACACCAAGACGAAGCCAAGGCCAACUAUAGAGCACUCAAGGCUCCUGAGGACAAGAACUUGAUUGCCAGAGGUGUGGAUAAGUACAUUGACUUGGUCAAUGGUGCCAGUGGUGUUGACACCAAGACUACCCCCUACUCUUCCGUGUCUCCUGAUUACGAAGUCAAGGAAAAAUCAUGGUUCGGUGACUGGUUCAAGAAGGACGAUGACAAGUUCAACCAAAAGCUUGGUGAAGCCAAGAAGGAGGCUUCAGACAAGAAGGACGAAUGGAUAAGCUGGGGCUCCAAGAAGUCCGACGAAGCUGAAAAGCAAGGCGAGUCAUGGUCUAAGUGGGGUUCCAAGAAGACCGACGAAUUGUCCAACGACAUAAAUAAGACCUAUGAAGACGGCAAGAAGGAGCUCAACAAGCAGGGCUCUAAGCUCCAAUCCAACUUGAGCGAGACCAAGGACCAAUUAUCUGCAUCGUACCAAGAAGGUAAGGCUGCAGCCAUUAGAAACUUUGAAGAAGCUAAGGCCAAGGUUGAUGAGCUCACCACCAGACUCCAAAAGUCCACCGAGCCAAACAAGGAGGAAAAGUUGCAUCAAGCUAGAUUGGACUUGAACAGUUCCCUUGCCAACUUGAAGUCUUACGGAGAUGACGUGGUGAACGAAAUCACCUCCAAGUUCAAGUAA